CAGCGCCGCGCUGGCAGCUCUUCAUUAGCAUAAUUAGUGCCAUUAAGCUCACUAAUGAGCUUCCUCUCCCCCGCAGCAUCCCCCUGGAGAGGGGGCCCUGGGUGCCCCCCAAAUUUUGGGGGAGCGGGGGGGGCCCCCGCAGCCGCAGUGGGGGAGGGGCGGCGGCGCCCGCGCGGCUCCACAACUACAUGAACGCGCAGUACUACGGCACCGUGUCCCUGGGGACGCCGCGCCAGGAUUUCCGCGUCGUGUUCGACACCGGCUCCGCCGACCUCUGGGUGCCCUCGUCCCGCUGCUGCCUGCUCUACCUGGCCUGCUGGCUCCACCGCCACUACCAGCCCCUGCUGUCGUGCACCCACCGCGCCAACGGCACCACCUUCGCCAUCAGCUACGGCAGCGGCAGCCUCUGGGGCUUCCUGAGCACCGACACGCUCACGGUGUCCAACAUCUCGGUGGCCAACCAGACGUUCGCCGAGGCCGUGGCCCUGCCCGGGAUGGCGUUCGCGGCCGCGCGCUUCGACGGCGUGCUGGGCAUGGCGUACCCCGGCGCCGCGGCCGGCCCCGCGCGGCCCGUCUUCGACAACAUGAUGGAGCAGGGGCUCUUCCGCAACAACGUCUUCUCCUUCUACCUGCGCAGCGGGGCCUCGGAGGGCGACGGGGGGGAGCUGCUUUUGGGGGGCAUCAACGAGCAGCACUUCGAGGGACCCCUGGAGUACAUCCCCGUGUCCCGAAAGAGCUACUGGCAGGUGCACAUGGACAGGCUGUCCGUGGGGGAUCCGGGGGUCGUGGGGUGCCGGGACCCCCCCCUGUGCAGGGGGGGCUGCGAGGCCAUCGUGGACACGGGGACGUCGCUGAUCACCGGGCCCAGCGCCGAGGUGGACGCGCUGCACCGGGCGCUGGGGGGGUUCCGCACCGAGGAGGGGCAGUACACGAUGGAUUGUGACAAGGUCCCGUCCCUGCCCAACGUCACCUUCGUCCUGAGCGGGAAAGGGUUCACGCUCAGCCCCCAGCAGUACGUGCUCAAGGUGUCCCAGCUGGGCUCCCCCGUGUGCAUCAGUGGCUUCAUGGGCCUGGACGUGCCCGUUCCCUCGGGGCCCCUCUGGAUCCUCGGGGACGUUUUCCUCGCCGGCCACUACGCCGUCUUCGACCGCGACCACGACCGCGUGGGGCUGGCACGCAGCAAGUGACACCCCGGGGACACCCGGGACACCGCCGGGACACCCCGGGGACACCUCCGGAUGACUGGGACACGCUGGGGACCACUGGGACACGCGGGUCCUCCCUGGGAGCACCUGGACACCGGGGUGACCCCAGGUGACAGCCACCUUGGGGACACCGGGGACCACCCAACACCAGGGUGACCCCAAGUGACAGCCACCUUGGGGACACCUUGGGACCACCCGACACCUGGGUGUCCCCAAGUGACACUGCACCUGGACACCUGGGUGUCCCCAAGUGACAGCCACCUCGGGGACACCUCGGGACCACCCAACACCUGGGGGUCCCCAAGUGACAGCCACCUCGGGGACACCGGGGACCACCCGACACCUGGGUGUCCCCAAGUGACAGCCACCCCGGGGACACCUCGGGAUCACCCAACACCGGAGUGUCCCCUGGUGACACUGCACCUGGACACCUGGGUGUCCCCAAGUGACAGCCACCUCGGGGACACCUCGGGACCACCCAACACCAGGGUGACCCCAGGUGACAGCCACCUCGGGGACACCUCGGUGACCCCCGGCUGGCUGAGUCCUCCCUGGGACCACCCAACCCAAGAGGACCUUGGGGACGCCCUGGAUGUCACCCCCCCCCCCCCCCCCCCUCAGGUGACCCUCCUGGACACCUGCGUCCUUCAAGGUCACCCAACCCUGGGACCCUGCUGGUGUCACCCCGGGGUCACCCCAGGGUCACCUGGCUCCUCUCCGGGACCCCCUGGAUGUCGGGGUCCCCUUUUGCGGGGGGGUCUCCAAUAAAGCCGCUGGUUUGGGGGAUCCUGGUCCUGGCUCCUCCCUCGGACGACCCCCCGGGCGUGGAGACCCCUCCCCAGUCCCAGUUCAUCCCAGUAGAUCCCAGAAGCCCCCAGACCCCUGUGACGUUUUCCUCCCAGUGCUCCCAGUAACCCCGAGCUCCCCCUGCCCCCCAUCCCCCCAGUCUAAAUGGGCGUGGCUUCGCCUCUUAGGGGUGGGGCUAUUCCAGUGGGCGGGCUCUCGACACCUGCGUGGGCGUGGUGUCAGAUAAAUGGGCGUGGUCUCCCUCGGUGGGCUUCCCCGCCUCGUUUGUGGGUGUGUCUUUUCCGGCACGGUGGGCGUGGCUUCAA